UUAAAUCUUUAUUAUAAAUCCCCAUACUCAUCUGGGUCUUCUCGCAGGAUUAUUUUCUUAUGAUAUAGGGCGAGCUCUUUGGGCCAGGGCGCCCUCUCUCCUUCUCAACACGACGUCAUGGCCAAACGCCCGUGGAUAUUAUUGCUGCUUGCCGGUUGGAUAUCUGGAGUUACCGGGCAAGUACAGCAUCCAUUUCAAGCGGGUGCCGAGUAUAGCACUGAAGAUGAUGUUUUGGAGAAUUCGGACACACCGAGGCUGCAUGGCCGUUUCCUCCACAUAACAGAUAUACACCCGGAUUCCCAUUACAAGGCUUUUUCCAAUUCCGACUCGCGUCACGACUGUCACCGAGGUAAAGGAGAUGCGGGGUUUCUGGGAUCGGCUGGAACCGAUUGCGACAGCCCGUUUACCCUCGUCAACGCUACGUUCAAAUGGAUACAAGAGAAUCUUCGUGAUUCGAUUGAUUUCGUGGUGUGGACCGGCGAUUCGGCGCGACAUGACAACGAUGAAAAUAUCCCUCGCUCCAAAACCGAAAUCAUCGCAUUGAACCAAGCCAUGGUUGAUAGCUUGCGCGACGUAUUUUCCGAGACAAAAAAAGGGAAAAUGCAUCUGCGGAUCCCAAUCGUUCCCACGAUAGGCAACAACGAUGUGAUGCCCCAUAACAUUUUUCAUGCUGGCCCCAACCGUUGGACGACUACAUACGCCCGCAUGUGGAGUGAGUUCAUCCCAGAAGAACAGCGUCACUCCUUCGUGCAAGGAGGUUGGUUUUACGUCGAAGUCAUACCGAAUAAGUUGGCGGUAUUCAGCUUGAAUACUAUGUACUUCUUCGCCUCAAAUAACGCUGUUGAUGGAUGCUAUGAUAAAUCUCAGCCCGGAUAUGAACAUAUGGAAUGGCUACGAAUCCAACUUCAGUUUAUAAGAGAUAGGAGCAUGAAAGCCAUCCUGAUAGGCCAUGUUCCUCCAGCAAGAACAUCUUCUAAGCAAAAUUGGGACGAGACGUGUUGGCAAAAGUAUACUUUAUGGGUGAAGCAAUACCGAGACGUGGUCGUCGGUAGUAUGUUUGGGCAUAUGAAUAUAGACCAUUUCAUGUUCCAAGACUUCCGUGAUUUGAAAAUUGGAGACCAAGCCGCCGCUCUGGAACCAGAGUAUGAAGCAGAUUCACGCGACAAGAUGACAACACAGUCCCGGACAAGUUACCUUCGCGACCUCCGUGACCUAUGGGCUAAAUUACCGUCACCACCGUCUAAGAGUGCCAACUUACGCGUGCUUAACAGGGACAAAGAUAUCCUUGGGGCCACCCUGAGAAAAUCGAAAAAGAAAUAUCAUCGACAAAUAGGCGGAAAAUGGGCCGAAAGAUACGCAGUCUCGUUGGUGUCACCCAGCGUUGUUCCAAACUAUUUUCCAUCCCUCAGAAUUAUCGAGUAUAAUAUCUCAGGCUUGGACGACUCCGCACUAUGGACUCACCGCAACAUCAAAGGUGCUGGUGAUGUCUCUCACGCUAAACUUUAUGAAACUUCAUCUUUCGGGAGCACACGGGAAAGCGACGUGGAACUGUCGAAGAAAAAGCGUCGAAAAAAAAAGAAGAAACAAAAAGAUGGAAAGAAACCACCAAGGUUUACAAUACCAUUACCACCUUCUCGCACGGCGCCACCAGGACCAGCUUAUUCAAACCAGCCUUUCACUUGGUUAGGAUAUACCCAACUUUUUGCCAAUAUUACGGAAAUGAACUCGAAAUUUAGGAUGCCCCCUUCAAGCUGGCGUGAGUACCGGCUGCAGCAAGCUGAAUGGCCGUGGCCCAGCAGCACCACCGGAAACACAUCGUUGAAAUUCGAAGUCGAAUACAACACUCGUAUCGAUAAGCUAUUUAAACUGAAAGACAUGACCGUAAAGAGUUAUUUAAAGCUGGCGAGAAGGAUUGCGAGGAGUCCAGACCUCGCUCAUAUCCAGAAAGACUGCGUUACCUAUGAUGACCUCAAAGGUUGCGAACACCGCUCACCCCAAGACGUCACCAAGUCGGAAACCGAAAGUCCAGCUCUACAUUCCUUUGAAGAGGGAAAUGGGACAACAACCAUUUCUCGGAGAAAUAUUUGGAAAAUAUUCCUGCGAAGGGCAUUUGUUGGGUAUUUUGAUGAUGAUGAGCUACGCAACUUGAUUGCACGCCCUUAAUGGACCGCUGCUCUGCUGCUCUGCUGCUCUGCUCCUUAAGCUAUAGCUAGCUCAUUAACUCACGCUUCGGUUAUAUACUUUAUUUUCCGACAAUUCCGACUUCAGCAUAUUGACCGGUUUAUUACUCUACCACCGAAACGUCUUGCAUUGCCAGGUGCUUUUCUUCGAUCAUUUAUUGUUCUCCAAUUCAUCGGACUUCUUAUUCGCAUCCGUCUUUCCGUUGCAGGUUCAUAGCGGGCUCUUUUCCGUAUCGAAAAUAUUGAUAUAGACCCAACACUUUUAGUAUAAUGCCCCUUUUUUAAAAGGGCCCUGGAGGUCAUUAUUACACGCUAUCGCUUUCCCACUCUUAACAGGGCCACCCUUCAGCAUCUUCUUUUCUGAGCAUAUAUACUCUUCCCUACUUCCUUGAUAAUUUGCGCCUUUAAACAGAUUUGAGAAUACCUUAUUUACCUCACA